AUGAAACUAUCUAAUACUUGUCUUUUCACAAUUGCUUCUCUGUUGGUUUCCGUUAAGGCAUCCGAUGAAGAAUGUACAACUACUGCUACCACUGUUCAUAUGCAUCAUCAACAUAAAAGAGCAGUCGCUUAUGAUUACGUCUAUGUGACCGUCACUGUCGAUGGUGACGGUAAUACUUAUGAACAAUCAACUACUUCUACUUCUACUUUUGAACAACCAACUCCUUCCAAUAUUCCUACAUCCUCAUCCUCCUCAUCUUCCUCAUCUUCCUCGGCUCUAUCAUCAACUUCUGAAGACGAUUCAUCUUCUUCAUCCUCAUCUUCUUCAUCCUCUGCUUCUGCUUCAAGCUCUAGCUCUUCUAAUAGUAAGGGUUACUCAUAUUCAUCUUCUGGUGAUUUGGGUGCAUAUCAAGAUCCAACUGAUGAUUUCGAAGAUGGAGUUAUUCCAUGUUCCCAAUUCCCAAGCGGCAAUGGUGUUGUUGCCUUGGAUUAUUUAGGAUUUGGUGGUUGGUCAGGUCUUUACCAUGAUGAUACCUCUACUGGUGGUUCAUGUGAAGAUGGUACUUAUUGUUCCUAUGCAUGUCAACCAGGUAUGUCCAAGACCCAAUGGCCAAGUAGUCAACCUGGUAAUGGUGUUUCUGUUGGUGGAUUAUAUUGUAAAGAUGGUACUCUUCAUAGAACUAACAAAGAUACUACUCAUCUAUGUGAAUGGGGUAUUGAUGCUGCAAGAGUUGUAUCUGAAAUUGAUCAAAGCGUUGCAAUCUGUAGAACCGAUUAUCCAGGUACAGAAAACAUGGUCAUUCCAACCAUUGUCGGUCCAGGUUCAGAGAACUUGUUAACUACUGUCGAUGAAGAUACUUAUUAUACCUGGCAAGGUAAAAAGACAUCUGCUCAAUAUUAUGUCAAUAAUGCAGGAGUUUCCCAAACUGAUGGUUGUGUUUGGGGUACAGCUGGUUCAGGUGUUGGUAACUGGGCACCACUGAAUUUUGGUGCCGGUUACACAAAUGGUGUCUCAUAUUUAUCUUUAAUUCCAAAUCCAAAUAACAGAGAUGCUGCUAAUUUCAAUGUUAAAAUUGUCGCUUAUGAUGAUAACUCUGUUGUCAAUGGUGAAUGUGUCUACGAGAAUGGUUCCUACAAUGGUAAUGGCCAAGAUGGUUGUACUGUUGCAGUUACUUCUGGUAAGGCCAAAUUUGUCUUUUAUUAG